ACGGCUUAGUGGGUCCGAUGCACGCUCAUUCACCCCGACGCCGAGUUUCUCAUUGCGCCAAUCGUGCCGGCGAUGAACGGCUCACCCGUUGGCUUACGCUCUUCCUUCCUUCAAUCGAUGGAGCCACCCUAUCUGUCCUCGAAGCAGCAAGGCGGGAGUGCCGAUGGGGUUUUGAGUUCAGCCAAAAGGCCCACAGUCUGUGCCGAGGAGCUGAAGGUGUCGUUGGAGGACAAAUUCGAGGAAUUGGAGUCGGGAAAGGAGGGCGAUUUUCAUCCCGUUGGUCUCGGGACGAUCCGCAAGGGAUACUGUAUGGGGAGACGGAAGAAAACGAUUGAUAAGGACGAUCUGUCCGAAGAUUACUGUUUCGUUUGCAAAGAUGGAGGCGAGAUCCGUGUUUGCGAUUUUAAUGCUUUAUAGAAGAUGCAGUUCGAUUUCUUGAUUUGGUGUACGAAAUCACUGUGCAUUUGGUUAUCAAGGAGCAUUUUUCUACGGUGUUUCGUUGAUUCAUAACUAACAUUGGCAAAGUGUAGUGGCUUGCAUUGCUGCUUGUUC